GAAAGGUCUUCCUUUGCCGUUGGUUCACCCCCAAUGGCCACUGCAGCCAGCGCACCAUGCUGAUCCGAAGCCUGGAGCCAGGUGCUUCCUCCUGGUCUCCCAUGUGGGUGCAGGGCCCAAGUACUUGGGCCAUCCUCUACUGCCUUCUUGGGCCACAGCAGAGAGCUGGACUGGAAGAGAAGCAACCAGGACAGAAUCUGGCGCCCUGACUGGGACUAGAACCCAGUGUGCCUGUGCCGCAGGCAGAGGAUUAGCCUAUUGAGCCGCGGUGUGGGCCAAAGCAUCUUGUCUCUUAGCAGGUACAAAGUACAGUAAUUAUCACUCACUUUUUGUUCAUUAUUAAUUCUGAGUAAUUAGUAUGUGUGGCAUUAAAUUGAAAAGGUGCCAAAAAGUGUACAUUGAAACAUAAGUUCCCUUCCUGCACUUAUUAUCCAGCCAUUUAGGUUUUCCCAUUGUAAGCAAACCCUGGUACUAGUUUUUGGUGUAUUUUCAUUUUAAAGGGCCUAUCUUGGGAAUGGUGCUGUGGUGUAGUAGGUUAAGCCUCUGCCUGUGGCACUGGCAUUCCCAUAUGGGUGCUGGUUUAAGACCUGGCUGCUUCUAUUUCCUAUCUAGCUCCCUGCUAAUGAUCUAUGAAUGUAAUGGAAGAUGGCCCAGGUCCUUGGGCCCCUGUUACCCAUGUGGAAGACCUGGAAGAAGCUCCUGUCUCCUGACUUCAGAUCCAUCCAUCUUGGGUCAUUAUGGCCAUUUGAGGAGUGAACCAGCAGAUGGAAGACCUCUCUCUCUCUCUCUAUGUGUAACUCUGCCCAUCAAAUAAAUAAAUAAAUUUUUUAAAAAAGGGGGAGACUAUCUUGACUUGGGACAGUUCUUGAGAUCACAAGAAACUUUUUGAAGUAGCAAUCCUGUACAUUCAUGGGAUUCAUAUCCCACCAUCUGGAGUACAUGCAAAUAUCUGUGUACAUGCAAAAUAUCUGUAUACGUGCAAAUAUAAGUACAUGAAAAAUAUCUGUGUCUUCUUCUUCUCCAGGGUCUUUCAACCUGGUAAUCUUCAGUAGACCAGUACAGUGUAAUGUACCCAUUGUAAUCUGCCGUGCCCUGAGUUGCUAUUGUGGUGGCAGCUUUGAUGUGUGCUCACCUUUUACUCUGUGAAAGGACGUCAGCUUUCUCCCCUUGCUGAGAUGGCUAAGCAUUCUGUAAGCCUGGCUUCUGAUUGUCAGUUUUGGAUGCAGAAGCUUUCUGAAUGGGACCAGGCCUCCACUUGGGAAACCCAGCAGGAUACCUGUCUUCAUCUGCCUCGUUUCCAGGAGUUCCUGAGGCAGAUGUAUGAAGCCUUGAAAGAGAUGGAUUCUAAUACAAUUAUGAAAAGAUUCCCCACAAUUGAUCAACUGUUGACAAAAACUUGCUGGAACCCUUUUAUCUUAGCAUAUGGUGAAAGCCAAAUAAUUCUCAUAUGGUGCUUAUGUUGUCUGAUUAAUAAAGAACCACAGAACUCUGGAGAAUCGAAGCUUAACUCCUUGGCACGGAUACCCACAUUAGCUAGGCCUAAGCUGGGACUCAAGUUUUUGAGCCGGUACCGCUGCCUCCCGGGGUCUGCAUUAGCAGGAUACAAGAAUCAGGAGCUGGUGAGUUUGUUAUCUCGUAUACUUUCAGCGAUCAGUUUUGAUAUAAAAGAAGUUGGUCUUUUUGCUCAAGGUCUUGGGUAUGAGCCUGUGGAUUACUAUCCUGGUUUGCUUAGAAAUAUGGUUUUAUCAUUAGUGUCGGAACUCAGAGAGAAUCAUCUUAAUGGAUUUAACACUCAAAGGCGAAUGGCUCCCGAACGAGUAAUGUCCCUAUCACGAAUUUGCAUCCCACUUGUUACUCUGCCAGAGUUUGAACCACUGGUAGAGGCUUUGCUUAUCUACCAUGGACAUGAGCCUCAGGAAAUCCUCUGGCCUAAAUUCUUGGAAGCUGUAAAUGAGGCCUUUUUGGGGAAGAAGAUCUCUCUCUCCACGUCGGCUGUGGUCUGCCUUUGGCUCCGGCACCUUCCCAGCCUUGAGAAAGCAAUACUGCGUCUUUUUGAGAAGCUGCUCUCCAGGGAGGGAAACUGUCUGCGAGAGAUCGAAUGCUUCAUAAAAGAAUCGCUGCUGCCGCGAGCCGCCUGCCACCCUGCCGUGUUCCGGGUCGUGGAUGAGAUGUUCAGGUGCGCACUCCUGGAGACCGAUGGAGCCCCAGAAGUAGCAGCCGCUCUCCAAGUGUUCACGAGAUGCUUCGUGGAAGCUCUGGAGGAAGACGAGCAGCCGAAGUUUGCUCUCAAGACCUACUUUCCGUACGCGCCUCCAGCCCUGGCCGCGGCACUGCUGCAGCGCCCCAGAGGUGCCCCAGAGGAACACUGGCGCCAGCUGCUGGAGCAUGGAUCUCAACUGCUCAGGCAGCUGAUGGAAGACCAGACGCAGAGGUCUCUCGGAGGACCCUUGGAGAGCUGGUUUUUGUUCACCCACUUUGGAGGAUGGGCUGACAUGGCGGCCGAGCACUUGCUGAGGUCAGAAGCUGAGCCCGCUGAGGCCGUCCUGUGGCUCCUGGCCUUCUACCACAGCCCCUGUGACGGGAGUCGGCAGAGGGCACAGACCACGGUGGAGGUGAAGGCGGCGCUCGGCCGCCUCCAGCAGCUGUCCCGAAGCACCACCCUCUCGGCCAGGGACCUGCAGGCGGCUGCCGGGCUGGGCGGGGCUGCAGAGCCUCGUCCAGCCGCCUGCCCAGCGCUCCUCAGGUGCCUCCUGCUGAACUUCCUGCUCUGGGCUCCUGCAGGCCGCACGGUAGCGCGGGAAGCCGUCGCCCUGGUGGCACGCACGGAGGAGACGGCCCACGAGAUCAUCAGCUUUCUCGACCGGACCUUGUACAGAUGGGACCAGCUCUGCAUCGAAGCCCCUGGGUCAAGAAAACUAGCCAGAGAGCUCCUUCAGGAGCUGUGUGUGCAAGUCUGAUAAGGAGCCAGCUUGGGUGGGCGCCGUGGGAGGGUCAGGCCUGCCCAGGCCACCCACCAAUUGGUGGAAUGCUUUCUUAGGCUCCUUGUUUGGGCUGGGAGAACAAACAGGAAGCAUCAUGAAAAGUUCUGCUGGCAUCUGCUUGACAAAUGAGGAGACAAGGGCUUUGGCCCAGGCUUGGACUCUGCCAUUCCCGAUACCCACUCGGCCCAUCCAUCAACGAGAGCGCUACUAAGGGAAAGGCCGGGUGGGGGAACAGCCAUGUCCUCCCUAGCGACAUUAAACCAAAGUGCGUGACAUCUGAACGAGUCAGAGUCUGUGGGCCAGUUCACUGGUCAUGACCAGUGCACUGGCCAGUACAGAGACUUUAGCCCUUCCCACGUGGGUUUGUAGGGGUCAGGCCAUGGCUAUCGGUACUGCUUUUAGUCCACAGGGAGCUGGCGUAAAGCCACACUGUCUUUUUUUUUUAAGAUUUAUUUAUUUGAAAGGCAGAGAGAAGAGGGGGAAGAGACAGAGAGGGGUCUUUCAUCUGCUGGUUCACUCCCCAGAUGGCCGCAACGGCGGCCAUAGCUGGGCUGAUGCAAAGCCAGGAGCUUCUUCCAGGUCUCCCAUGCAGGUGCAGGGGCCCAAGGACUUGGGCCAUCCUCUGCGACCAGGGCCCUGUGACCAGGGAGACCCGGGAAUGCCUGCAGGCCAGCAAAAACCAGGUGGCGUGCGUUCUGCUGUCCUGCUGCUUUCCUGUAAGCCGGACCCUGCCUCAGCGCGUGGCUCAACCGUGGGGCACAGCCCACAGCCUCAGCUCACCUGGCCCCAGGUGGGCAGCAGCAGCGCCCACCCCAGACACCUCCUUGCUGCCAAACGCACCUUACAGGACCGCUGGGUGCUUCCUUCCCGAGAGGCCUCCCGGAUGGAAACAACGUUGAAGAGCAGUCGGGCUUCCCGCACCCUAACAGAGCUGGACACACAGGACUCCUGUGGGAGAGCACGCGGGGACGGCGCCUCCGAAGCCUGCGUCCUGACGACGGUCUGGUCAGCAGUUCCCAGGCCUCACCUUGCUGACACCUUCCCAUGGCUGCUGGGAUGCCAGGCCUCUCCUCUACCUGGCGGGUGCCUGGCCUCUGGCCAGGGCUCAGCCUUGUGCUGCCUGUGGCUGCCAGGAGAGCUCUGUGCGCAGGGCUGCAGCCCCGGAUACGCCACGGCCCCUCAGGUGCCUCCGCUCGCAGAACCACGUCCACCUCGGGCUUCAGCCAGCCAGGGCUGCCCCCCGGGCCUCACCGUCCUCAACCUGCACGCGGUGGUGACUCCGUCUGGCCAGGGACUCGGACCAAGUCCGCCACUGCUCAGCCUUCCCCUUCUCACCCCCACAUCCAGUCCGUUGGGAACGUGCGUGCCCCACCCCACAGCACUUGCCAUCUGCUCUUAGCCACCACCACCCCGCCCAGCCUGGGGCACAUUUGCUAAGUGAAGCUGCCCAGGAACUUAGCAUACGGUAAAGGAUAAAGGCCCUUCCGGCUACAGGGAAAAGACUGUGCUGAGAAAUAAAGCUGAGCUCUCCUUCCUAGCCCAGUCAGCAGGGAAGAGUGAACUGAACCAGAUGUUGGUGUCUGGGGGUCUGUCCCGGCACCGUGAGCUCUCCAGAGAAGCCCCCAGCAGCCCUCCCUGCGGAGGAAGAAGGGGACAGGAGGAAGACAGCGCCAUCCUGGGGAGACGGUGGAUCAUGCGACUAAAGCAAGACGCAGCUUAUGAAGUCAACAUUUCCCUCCUCCCAGACGUGGAAAGAAUUCUCUGAUCUUUGAUCUGAAGCACGCUGCCGCUCGUCUGGCGUGCAGGCCUGCACGUAAGCCGGAGCCUCACCCAGCCUCCACACCCACAGCCGCGCCUGGGGCCGGGCGGGGGUGGGGUAGGGUCACUUCAGAAAAGAGGCCCCAGGCCCUUGGGGGCGGAAAGGGGGCCUGAGGUACCCCCUCCCCACAGCCCCUGCCACACUUCCUGCUGCACCUGGGGCCUCCAGGGUUGGGGACCCUUUCUGAACACAGACGCGGGAGGUGCGCGUGGAGCCCUCGGCGCCCGCGCUCGAGUAGCCGUGCACUGCCGGCACAGGGAGAAAGCUGCGCAGCCUCCCAGUGACCCGCAGCCUGGAGUGGCUCCAGAGACCCGCUUCUCCACGCAAGGCCCGGCUGCUGGGGCCGACGCCCUGGAGGCCCAGGAGGGGGCCCUUGCGUGGCUGUGCCUCCACCUCUUUCCUUUCUGCAACUUCAUUUCCUGAUACUUCUAUUUUUUUAAAGAUUUAUUUAUUUAUUUGAAAGAGUUUCACAGAGAAGGAGAGGCAGAGAGAGAGACGGAGAGGUCUUCCAUCUGCUGGUUCACUCCCCAGUUGGCCGCAAUAGCCAGAGCUGUGCCGAUCCGAAGCCAGGAGCUUCUUCCGGAUCUCCAACGUGGGUGCAGGGGCCCAAGGACUUGGGUCAUCUUCUACUGCUUUCCCAGGUCAUAGCAGAGCUGGACUGGAAGUGGAGCAGCCAGGAUGCAACCAGCGCCUAUAUGGGAUGCCGGCGCUUCAGGCCAGGGCAUUAACCCACUGCAUCACAGCGCUGGCCCCUCUAUUAUUAUUUUUUUAAGGAUUAUUUCGAAGGUACAGUUACAGAGAGGGAAGAAGAGAGAGAAAGGUCUUCCACCUGCUGGUUCACUCUCCAAAUGGCCACAACAGCUAGAGCUGGGUCGAACCAAGGCCAGGAGCCAGGAGCUAUUUUUCUGUGCUUUCCCAGACCAUAGCAGAGAGCUGGAUGGGAAGAAGAGCAGCUGGGACUCGAACCUGUGGCCAUAUGGGACGCUGGUGCUGCAGGCCGAGUUUGCCACGGUGCCAGCCCCUUCUUGUUACUUCGCUACAAUCAGCUCAAUCAAAUCUGCAGGACGGGCUGUGUGCAUGGCUGCCGGGGGCUGGGGCUGGCAGCGCCGAGUGCACCUGUGACAGGCAGAGCGUGUUUGGGCAGGUGAAGACCUACAUCCUGGAGAGGUGGGCGUGCCACUGCCAACGAUGCAGGCGGGAGGCUCGCUCUAACGCAUAUUUCUCUGCAAUGAAAAACACUGCAUAAAGAAUUUAAAAGAAAUGAGCUACCCUUUCAUCCUGUAACAGAACCCCAGCUGUGGAGACCACCUCCUCCAUUUCAGACCCCACAGGUCCCCCACACAGACCCUGCUGCUGCCGCCACGUGUCGCUGACGAGGGCUGGGGACAGAGAUAACCAAGGAAGAGGGAGGGGGAGCCAGAGGAGAGGCAGGAAAGAGAUCGAGAGCUCCGUGUCCCAUUUGGAGUUCUGUGUUCCUGAGACGGGGCCAUCAGUGAGAGAAGCCACGUGCGCUGCGCAGCCCUGGGCUCUGGACCGCAGGCUGCAAGAAACACUUGAAGUUGAACCUGUACUGGACGCGCGGGUUCUUUCCUCAUCAUUAGUUCCUGAACCACAGUCGCGAGCCGCCGGUGCCCAUGCCCGUGCCUCAGGUGCUGGGAGCACACGCGGGACGUGUAGGCUCUCUGCACUGCCUGCGGGCGCCGGGUGGAAAGGUGGUACCUUUUGUUGACACAGCGUUGCACUGUUCUAACAGGCGACACAUACAGGAAGGCUGUUCUGAGCGCGGGGGGACUGCUCUGCGCUUGGAGUGGGACAGGCGGCGCCGACUGUGGUUUUGAGGGGAGCCGUCUGGCUGUAUCCCCUGCCCCUCACUCAGCACAGGGCCUUACUGCGUAUUCACCGACUCACCACCUGGCUUUAGACACAGAAUUUUCUAGAAAAAGACAGCUUGCCAAAGAUGCCAGGCCCGUGCCCUCCGAGGAUGUGGCCCUGACCCCACCUCCCCCUGCCGGCCACCGUGAUUCUGAGCGCGCCCUGCUGGUGUCAUGCUGCCAUCCCCUCCUCCACACGCCAUUCAGGUUACAGAAAACCCUAUGCAAUUCCAGGGCCGCCACUCGCGACGUCGGCAUCCCGUAUCGGAGCACGGGUUCAGGUUCCAGCUGUUCUGCUUCACACACCUGGGCAGGCAUCAGAUGGUGGCCCGAGUGCCUGGGCCCGUCACCCACGUGGCAGAUGGAGCUCCUGGCCCAGCCCUGGCUGAUGCAGGCACUGAGAGUGAAGUGGAUGGAGGAUGUGUCUGUGUGUGUGUGUGUGUCUCCCUGUCACUCUUCCUUUCAAAUAAAAUCUUAAAACACCGUA